AUGAUUGUUUAAAAGAAAGUUUAACGAUUAAGGCAUAAUCCUGGAUAAAUAUUGUUUAGUAUACUAUUAUCACAAACUGUAAAUGAAAAUAUUAUUAUUUAGAUUAUGUGUAUGUUUAUGAUUUAUAGUCAAUUUUAUGUUGUUGAUGAGUCAAAGCAAUACAAAUUUACAAUGACUAUAACUGAAAGAAGUUGUAAAUUGAUAGCUGUACCUUCUUUAAUAGCUUCAAUGUUAUAUGCAAUAUUAAACAUUUUAUUAAUUGCCAAUCUAUAUUGUCAGAUUUAUGUAAAGAAUUAUAAGAGUUUUAAUUUGAAAGAAGAGGUUAUGUUGGGUGUUGCCUUAAUAAUAAUUAUCUCCAUUUUAUUAGUUUUGCUAAGUCAAGAUUUAGGUGUUAGGUAUUUUUUAUAAAGUGACAAGCAUUUUAGGAGAUUGCAAUUUAGAAUCUUAGAAUGUGUUUGCUGUAUUUUUAGUCUACCUUAGAGGUGUAUUGAUGAUAAUAUUAUCAAUAAUAUUGAUAAAAUUGUAAAGACAUUCACCUGAAAUAUUGUAAACUGAAAUAUACAAGACAUCAAUGGAUAAGUUUAUAAGAAAAUACUUACAUACUUAUAUAAAAGUGAAUGUAAGUUAUGCUUGGCUAUUUAUAAUUUCAAGAUUGUUAAUUGUAUUUAAUUGUUUCUAAUAUAGCCAAUAAUUCUGAAUUAUAAUCAGAAUUAAGAAUAAUUGAUAAAUAUUUUAUCAUUCAUCUAAGCAACAUUGACAUUAAUAAUGACUAUACUUCGACUCCAUGAACCAAUAAUUCAUAGACAUAUUAAGUAUCUAUUUAUGCCAAAAGCUUGUGUUCUUUAGGAAAGACUACUAAACAAAACUAAUCAAAUAAGUGAAGAUUCAUAGAAUAAAUCUUAUCAGAAUAUUAUGAUAUAAACUUAAGGAUAAGAUAUUAUUGGAAUUAAGUUGUAUUAAUAAUAAAAACAUAAUUCAUUGACACUCUCUUUAGAACAAUAUGAUAUCGGACCUUUAUUACCUUAAGAAUCUAUUUAGUGUUAAUAAAUUGAAAUAUAGAAUGUUAUAGAACAUAAUGGACAUAAUGAAUUAAUAUUAUUAUUAUAAGCAAGUUAUGAGAUGUUAGAAGAGUAUUAAUAUUGUUAGAAUAGUGAGAUGACUUAUUAUUAAUUUAAUAAGAUUUAAUAACGUUAAAUUUAUAUUAAUUAGAAUAAUCAUAUUUUGGUAACUACUUAUGGUUAAGAUAUAUUGAGUUUGAAAUUAAGAGAAUACUUUGGUAUAAAUCUAAAACAAAUUAAGUAUUCUUUGGAUAUGUCUUAUAAUAUAGAUAAUUUAAGAUCUUAAUAAUUACCAUAAGAAGGUACUUUAUUUAUUACUCAUGAUAAUUUAAUUUCAAUUGAGUUUAUUACGAAAGAAUAAAAAAGAUAAUUAACAAAAGGAGGUGGUGUAUAAUUGUUAUGGUAAAGAUUAGAUUAAGAAUUUACAUGUGCUCUUGGAAUAUUUUUACCUGUAAUAUUUGGAAUACAUUCAUAUUAUUUAAAUGGAAAUUAUUAUACUAUAGUUUUUAAAUUGAAUAGAAUGAGAUUAAAAUAUCCUUUAUUUGAAUAAUUAUGGUCUCAUUAAGUAGUUUUAAAUAGUUUAAUUAAAUAAAAUAUAAUAGGUUGGAUAACAAUUGAAAAUGGUAUUUAUAAUAAAAGAUUUUUGGCUUAAGAAGUUAAAGAUGGUAAAUAUAAUAUUAUUUUUAAUAUGAAUGAUUAUUUAUUGGAUGAAAAUGAUAAAUAUUCAUUAAUGGAUAUGAUUAGACGUGAUUAUGCUACCAUGUAAUAAAUGAAAUGUUCAUUCACUUUAUAAUUUGUUUAUACAAAACAUACUUCUGCAAGAUUAAAUAGUUUGGCAGGCAAAGAAAAAUAAUUUGAUUAAGAUUAAUCAGUUGCAAUUAAGAAUAAAAAGAAAACAAAACAUAUUAUUGGAAAUAUAGCUUCAUUUGAAUUAAAAACUAAAUUAGGAUUUGUUUAAGUAUUUUGGGAUGAUUGCUGGAAAUAUUACUAAUCUGACAUUGAAAAACUUAUAUAGAUUGUUAAUGAUAAAUUUUGA